AUGGCACCGACCAAGCCUGUGCUCUAUCCUCUCAAAACACCUAAAUCCAUGACAUUCCCUUCCGAACUCAGUCCCCUCCCGGCGACGCCUCUUUCCAUCAAAUGCGAGGAUGGGACUCCAACACCAUCGCUCACCCCCCCUUCUUAUGAAAAGUUUUUGGAGGCCCUUACGCCGGUCAUGAGUGGCCCAGCAAGUGCUGGAGUUGAUUUUCAGCGAUUCAAUUUUGAAAAGCGACGCCCUUCACCAAUAUCCGUGCCUUCAAGUGCUUCUAGCGACGGACCAAAGACAACUAGCGCAAUUCCGCCUCGUUCGCCAGCUGCCAGCCAACAGUCUGCGAGUCCCCAAUCGGCCAGACUUCCCUCUUUACGACGUCUUCGCAUCCCGUCAUGCGUUUACUCUUCUUUGAGUGAUUCCCCCGGGAGCGCACGAACAAUCCGAUCGCCCUUUUCCCCUUCCGAUUGGAAGAUACGAUAUAUUGAAACACCGAGGAGUGCGGGUGGAAAAGCGGUCAGUGUUCGCCAAGUGGUAACUCGAACUGUUACAUACAAGCGGACGCAGUUGGACCCUCCACCAAAGGGGAAGCGUCGCAAAACGAGCGAGUGCGGUGAUGAUUAG